AUGACCAAGCCGAAGCGCAAACGUACAGAUCUGAAUGUGCCGCAAUUUGUGAUCGACAAGUGGAAUUCCGGUACGAAUGCCAAAGACGAAAUGGCCGAGUUGCUGUUGCAUCUCAACAACAACAAGGAUAAGUUCAUCGAGGAGCUCGAGCUUAUUAUCAAAAAAAUCAAGAAGUUCACCCUUCAUGUCGAUGAAGGGUGGUAUAGCGAACUGGAGAUGAAGACCGAGCUCAAGUGGUCUCCGCAGAGGAUCGCCGGUGCCAAGAAGCUUUGCGAAGCGAACCCUGACCUGGUCAGGAGCAAUGUUUAUGAUGGUGUCAAGGAAUACUAUGUCACAGUCAGAGAAACUGCGAAGCAUGUUCAUGCUCACGAGCAAGAGCAGAGCCAGCGCAAGAAGAUGAAGGCAGAAGAACCCAUGGAGUUCAAAAAGGACGAGUUCGACUUGCUGGACAAGGCCAAGGCUCGCUCCGGAGUGCCGGACCGCCAGCAGCCUGCAAGUGCAGGGAAAGCGUCUGUGCACGAGCAAAAAGCCACUGCGGACCGCUUCCUGGAGUCCAUCCUCGCCAAGACGACCAAGCUGCGCCAGUUGCUGAAGGACCUUCGCUGCAACUACGGUGCGGAUGCCACGGCGUCGAUCAGCCAGAUCGAAGAUCACAUCAAGAAAUUGGAUAGCGAAUACGAGAAGGUGAACGAGCUGAAAUCCAAAGGGGAGGUGGACGGCUACAACCCGAGGAAUGCCAAGAAAUUCUUCGGGAAGAAUAUAGUGUCUGUGCUUCGGGAAGUGGAUGAGCAUUCAGACAUAGAGUGGCGCUUGGCUGCCCGGGCAACUACUGCAGGGGGUAUCCUCAGCCACGCAAUCCAUAUCGUGAAUCAACUGCUACACCGUCAUGCUCCUAUGAUUUUCAAAAUAGGUUUCACUCACAAUGCCUGCUGGCGCUGGGGCAAUUCCAUUUAUGGUUACCAGUGGCAGCGGGAAAAGUGGGAGAAGAUGUGUUUGUUACACAUCGCCGAAGAACCUUUCAGCCUGGCAAUGCUCGAAGCCGCCCUCAUCAACAAAUACCAAAGCACGCCUGGCUGCCGAAAUACUCGAUCCGGCGGAGAUAAUGUGAGGACGGAUGGGGCCUCUUGCAGCUCGGCCGUGGAGUCGGCCCGGGCUGUGGUCGAAGAAAUGCCAGCUGCAGCGACUGCUUCAGUGCGACGUGUUGCUAAGUGCUCCGUACGGGAUGCUGAGAGGGACAUGCAUAGAUUGGGGGACAAGUUUCGGUUGAGACUUCGGGUGCGCCUGAGUCGAGUGCCGCUGCUGCAAGAGAUGAAGAUCGCCAUACUAUUCAUGUCAUCCUGGAUCAAUCUUUUUCUUCAGAAGAACUUAUGGUACUUUCUUUGUGGCUUGGACGAAGCGAACGAGGAACGAUGUGAGCGACAGCUGGAAUUAUACUGGGAACGUUUUCGUGGGAUUGCUCCGCAGCACCCAGUGUUUCAACGUUCGCCUUCGGACCUUCGCCGGACUUGUCCGGUCCUGAUCCACGGAGACGAGGGCCGGAGUGCCAAAAAAACAGCAUUGAUGGUGCUUUCUUUUCAUGCUGUCCUGGGGCGCGGAAGCUCUCAAUCUUCUGAGAAGGGCCCUACCUGUGCCGAGUUCCUGCCACAGGAAAUGAACUUUCUUGGCCAUACUUUCGCUACACGGUACUUACUUGCCGUAUUGCCACGAGCCAUGUACGAUGAUGCCCUUGCAGGGAAUUUCCAACGACUUUUGGGACAUCUGGUUCCGGAUAUGCGAAGCCUUUUUGAGGAAGGGCUGCUAUCACCAGUCUACAACAAGAAGUUUUUUGUGUGCGUCGUGAACAUCAUGGGGGAUUGGCCUUUCCUGGCCAAGGCUUUCAAUUAUAAUCGGACGUUCGGCAAUUCAGCCAAACGUGAAUCGUCCAAAAAAGCACCAACAGGGAUAUGUCAUGCUUGUUUGGCCGACAGGCCAGGCUUCCCUUUCGAGGAUUUCGAAUCCAGUCAGCCUCGAUGGCGGCAGACGGUGAACGCUCUACCUGCCUACGACAGAACGCCUGUUUUGAUGACGUUGCCACAUGAUCCGGCCGACCCUUCCGGCUUCGCAGGCCAAGAUUACUUUCACGGAUUUCAUCUCGGCGCCGGAAAGAUCUUUGUCGCAUCCGCUCUUGCACUUCUCCAGUACACCUUUGCAGGUGACAGUUUCAAGGUCCGCUUCAAGUCAAUGGAAAGUGCAUUCUUCGACUGGUGUCACCGUCAUCGUCAGUUUCCUUAUAUCCGCAAACUGAACCAGGACACGCUGGGUUGGCCUCAUGCGACAGAGCCAGCAAUGGGCGGGUGGAGCAAAGGUUCCACCACACUAUGUUUGCUACGUUGGUUCGUUUGCUUUUGCCACCAGGUCAGAGAUACGAUCCCAGAGGAUUCCUUGUUGUUUUUGGCAUGGCAGGCAGCAUGGAAAAUCAACAAGUUUUUUUCGCUGCUGUACCGCGAGAAGCUGUGGAUCAUCGCUUCGAGAGCAAAGGAGAUAGCUGCACAUGGGCGGGCUUUUCUGAAGUACAACGGCCGCUGCGCCAAGCGCGCUUUCGACGAGAACUUGCCGCUGUUCAUGUUUAUGCCUAAUUUGCACAGACUACAUCAUUUGAUGAUGAGGAUGGAAGAUCAGGCUGAAGUUUCGGCCUUUGUGCAGAACGGCUUGAUGUGGUCAUGCCAAAUCGAGGAGGAUUUUAUCGGAAGACCCUCGCGACUGAGCCGGCGAGUUCACCCUCGCCGCGUUAUCGAGCGCACAUUGCUUCGGAGUCUGACAGCGGCUCAUAGGCAGUUUCUAAGUGCGGGGCUGCUCCAGGACAGCUGA